UCGCCUCAGCUCAUGCAUCGAUCGAUCGAUCACAACGAUAACAAGCUAUCUAGUCACAGGAGCUUCAAUUCAUAAGCUUAUCGGCAAUGGCGUCGAAACUGGCGUGCCUAACCCUGGUGGCCUUCGCGGCCGCCGCCGUGCUCGCCACGCCGUGCGCGGCGCAGGACUCGCCGCAGGACUUCGUGGACCCGCACAACGCGGCGCGGUCCGAGGUCGGCGUGGGCGCCGUGUCCUGGGACGACACCGUGGCAGCGUACGCGCGGAGCUACGCGGCGCAGCGCCAGGGCGACUGCGCGCUGGUGCACUCCGGCGGGCCCUACGGCGAGAACAUCUUCUGGGGCUCCGCCGGCGCCGACUGGUCGGCGUCCGAUGCCGUGGCGUCUUGGGUGUCCGAGAAGCAGUGGUACGACCACGGCAGCAACAGCUGCUCGGCGCCGGAGGGCCAGUCGUGCGGCCACUACACGCAGGUGGUGUGGCGCGACUCCACCGCCAUCGGCUGCGCCCGCGUCGUCUGCGACAACGGCGGCGGCGUCUUCAUCACCUGCAACUACAACCCGCCGGGCAACUUCGUCGGCCAGAGCCCGUACUAAGCUGCCGUACAUGUGCGCGCGUGCCGCCUGUAUGAAUACAUGAAUACCGCGGGGUCGGCACGAAUUAAUUGUGUCAGCUGCAUAUGCAUACGAUGUGAUGAAUAAAUUUGUGAUGAUACAUAAUCAACAAUAAAAUCUUGUGAUCUUUUUUAG